AUGAUCCAGGACAAGGUCAAUAUGGAGGGCUGGUAUCAUUUGAAGGACGCAGUCCUUGAUGGUGGCCUCCCGUUCCAAAGAGCAUACGGGAUGACGUUGUUCGAGUACAAUAACACGAACAUGCACGUUAACCGCAUGUUCAACGAGGCCAUGAAGAACCAUUCAACCAUCAUCACCAAGAAGCUCCUUGAGUUCUACAGGGGCUUUGACAGUGUCGGCACCCUUGUUGAUGUCGCAGGUGGUGUGGGUGCAACCAUCCACACCAUCACCUCCAAGUACCCGCACAUCAAGGGGGUCAACUUUGACUUGCCGCACGUUAUCUCUGAUGCGCCGUCCUUCCCUGGUGUGGAGCAUGUCGGGGGUGACAUGUUCGAGAAGGUGCCCUCCGGCGAUGCCAUCCUCCUAAAGUGGAUCCUUCAUGACUGGACUGACAAGCAUUGCACGAAUCUACUAAGGAACUGCUUUGACGCACUCCCUGCUCACGGCAAGGUCAUCGUCAUGGAAGGCAUCCUGCCGUUGAAACCAGACUCAACAUCCAGGGGGCAGCUCAUGUUCUUAGGUGACAUGAUCAUGCUCAUGCACACCCCAGGUGGCAAGGAGAGGCAACAGAGGGAGUUCGAGGAGCUUGCAAGGGGUGCAGGGUUCACCAGUGUCAAGACCACUCACAUCUACGGCAAUGCGUGGGUCAUUGAAUUCAUGAAAUAA